AAAAUGAGAUGUUUCGUCGCUGCAUUGUGCACUUUAGUUCUACAUAUUUUGUGUGUGAACGCUCUAUAUGAGGGCUACCGACUGGUCAGAAUCUUUCCCCGGGGGGAAAAUGAAACCAAAGCAAUACAGGUACUGGAACACCUUGGAAGUCCGCACUAUGACAUCUGGAGCAUAGAUCGAAGGAUGGAUCGACCCGUCUGUAUGAUGGUUUCACCGGAAGGUUGGAAUAAUCUGUCGAGAAUUCUGGACCGGUUCAACAUGACAUGCGAGGUUUUGAUAGAAAACUUGAAGACCGAAAUCGACCAUCAGGCACGGGAAAAAACCCGUCAGCUUCGCUUGCAGAUGUUCAGAACGAAAGUGAAAUCGGAACACGAUACGUACAGGACAGUAGAAGAGAUCGAAGCCGCGGUGGAUCGAUACGCGAGGAAACACCCAUUCGUUCAAAUAGAAGUUUUGGGUUACACGGCAGAAAGUAGACCAGUUCGCGCUAUGAAGAUAUCCAAGGAUACGAGCAAGCCAAUCAUUUGGAUUGAUGCUGGAAUACACGCUCGUGAAUGGAUCGCACCCGCAGCAACACUAUAUUUUGUUGAUCGGCUGCUUACACGAGGCGGGCAGGCCUUUUUGAAGGACUUCCAGUUCUUUAUUGUGCCUUUGGUGAACCCGGACGGCUAUCACUACACUCACCAAGCCGAUCGUCUUUGGCGAAAGAAUCGUUCACCCACUGCCGGGGAGCAUUGCGUUGGUGUGGACCUGAACAGAAACUUUCCGUUAAAAUGGGGAUACGGGGAUGGCACGUCACCACGAGCAUGCGAUGACAUUUAUCGUGGAGAUGGACCAGCUUCAGAGCUCGAAUCCCAAGCACUGAUCAACAAACUGACAGAACUGAAAGAUCAAAUUGUACUGUACCUGAACUUACACUCAUUUGGACAGUUUAUCCUGACACCGUACGGGUUUGCCCGGUAUCGUUAUCCUGGAAACUACAACAAUAUGAUCAACUUGGGUGAACUCGUUCAGAAGGAAAUUCAAAAGCGAUACAAUUACGUCUACCGAGUCGGUUCGGCUUCUGAUCUCCUGUAUGAGGCCUCCGGGGGAGCUGAAGACUUCGUAGCCGGUGUACUGAAUGUUCCGUACGCUUAUACUAUCGAACUUUGCGACGAAGGAAGAUAUGGCUUCUUACUUCCACCGGCAUACAUACGUACAGUUGGACGACAGCUUUGGACUGCCGUCAAAGUCUUUGCUUACAACCUGUAGUAUACGCAAUAGAUUGACGGGCAAAAAUGUGGCUCUGUCCGUUUCGGACCGACAUAAUACCCCACUUAUCAGACGGUUCCCCGAGUAUUUCCGCGCCGCGUUCUUCUGCAGUUUAAUACAACCCGAUAGCAUGUUUUCAAAUAUUUCAGUUGAAUUCAGUAAAACUGUACUAUCGAACCCCAUUGUAGCCUUUUUUUACGACAAAUCCUCAUGCUUUUCUAUUUUCAUUCAUAUGUGUUUGAUAAUGAGCUCGUAAAAUUGCAUACGC